GCCUUUCAGGCCCGGGGGGGCAUCUCGUUAUUCUCCUCAAGGGCAUCGGUGACCAUGGAUAGUCUCCCGCAGACCAUGCGCUCGCUUGUGGCGCCGCGGGCGCGGUGCACGCCUGCCGAGUACCAGAUCCAGGACAUGCCGGUCCCGAGCAUCGCGAUGCCAACACAGGUGCUGAUACGCAUACACGCGGCUUCUGUUGGGCCGGCGGAGCUGCAGUUUAUGGCAGGUUUCAUGGGCAGACUUAUCGUCAAUGAAUAUCCGAGCAAGAUCGGCUCCGAAGGCUCCGGUACAGUCGUUGCCGUCGGGUCAGAAGUCAAGGCGCUCCAGGUCGGCGACGAAGUGUACGGCCUAUACGUCGACAAGCCCAUGUUCCGGCCUCCGUGGGUCCCAGGGUUCGUCUCGGACUACGCCAUCACGGAGGAGCGCUUUCUACUGCGCAAGCCGCCCGCUGUGUCGUUCGAGGAGGCGGCCGGUGCCGCCGGCUCCGUGGUGACGGCGCUGCAGACCAUCCGCCGGGGCCUUGCGCUCGGGGGUCUGGGGAGCCUGGAGGGCAAGACGGUGUUUGUGCCCGCGGGGCUCGGCGCGACCGGGUCCGUCGCCAUCCAAGUCGCCAAGAACGUCUUCGGCGCUUCCAGGAUCAUCACUACCGUGUCGACGGCCAAGGUGCCGUUGGUGGAGCGCUACCUCCCCGGCUUGGUCGACCAGGUCGUCGACUACCAAACGCAGAACAUUCACGACAUGGUGCCGCCGGGCAGCGUCGACUUCAUGUACAACACUACUUUCGGGACGCUGGACGAUGGCGUCCCGCUGCUGAACCCCAAGACCGGGAUUCUCAUGUCCAUCGCGAGUGUACCGUCCAAGGCGGGGGCGCGAGAAAUCAUCGGCGCAGACCGGUUCCCGUGGCUGCUGGGCGUGGUGCUGGACCUGUGUCAGCUGUUGUACUGGUGGAAGCUCCGCGGCACCGGCAUACAGCAUGAACAUGUCUCAGGAGGGCCCCAGAUUAGGGAGGACCUGGAGUGGGCGGGCGAGAUCGUGGCCCGGGGCAAGGUCAAGCCCGUGGUAAGAAGCGUCGACCUCGAUGACCUGCGGGCUGUUCGGGAGGGCUGCGAGGCUACUCGUACCGGAAAGAGCGGGACGGGCAAGUUGGUAAUACGCCUCGAGUAAGGGUAUCGCUAUCCUUGAAACGUCUGCAACCUGCACGAUACUGUACCGUCAAACGCGCUUCAUGUAUAUUAGGGCUUGAGUCAUGAUACUAUACAAUUAUACACACAUAUGUGCCCAG